AUGAUCAGACAUUGGGCAAUCUUUUUGUUUUAUGCCAACUCCGUUUGUGCAUUAACCAAGGACAUUGUUCAACCAAACCCAGUGAUGGCUACUCACCGGGGAGCUAGUGUGAACAUCCCUUGCUUUUGGCCAACUGAUGUGAAUACCAAUGUUGCUUGGUUCAAGCAGACUUUUGGACAGAAACCCCUUCUCAUGACAUCGACACUUUCCAGUGGACAAUAUUUUUAUUUCAACAACUUUACCAAGGAUUUCACUGAGACUAAACAUCUGAGUGUGAAGAGAGGAGUUGACAGCUUUAACUUGACCAUCUCCAAGACAGAGCCAGGGGACUCUGCUACUUACUACUGUGGUGCUAUGAAAGUGGGCAAAGUCAAAUUUGGAGAAGGAACUGUUUUGAUUGUCAAAGGUUCAGAGUCCAAAAGCAUGUAUGUGCUACAGCAGCCUGUGUCUGAGUCAGUCCAGCCAGGUGACUCUGUGACUCUGAACUGUACAAUACACACUGAGACCUGUGCAGGAGAACACAGUGUCUAUUGGUUCAGACAUGGCUCAGGAGAAUCCCGUCCAGGAAUCAUUUACACCAAUGGAGACAGGAGUGAUCAAUGUGAGAACAGCCCUGAGGCUGGGUCUCCUACACAGAGCUGUGUCUACAACCUCCCCAAGAGGAACCUCAGCCUCUCUGAUGCUGGGACUUACUACUGUGCUGUGGCCUCAUGUGGGGAGAUACUGUUUGGGAAUGGGACCAAUCUGGACAUUGACCAUGGUUGUAAGGAGGACCAUGUUCUCUUGGUGUACUGUCUGGGUGUAGUGUUGGCUCUUUGUGUCAUCCUCAUCAUUGUCCUUGGUUGUGUUUUGUAUAAGAUGACCAAGAAAACCUCUCUGCUGUGUAGAGGAACGCACGCUCAGUCAAGUGGUCCGGCAGUCCCCGGUUCUCACAAUCAGGAUAAAGAAGAUGAUGACACACUCACGUCGGUCCAUUACGCUGCUCUGAAUGUCAUCAACAAGAAGCCAAAGACCCAGAGACAGAGGAGCGCCAUGGAGAGAGACACUGUGUAUUCUGGGGUGAGGUGCCAAAACAUGGACUGA